AUGAGAUCCAUGACAUCUAAAGGCGCUUCGGUUGCCAAUCAGUCCUGCACUAACACAAAUGAUGGAAAGACAAUUUUGACCGAUGCCGACUGUUCGGAAGUUCUUGGUUAUGCCUUUUCGACAUGGAAGAAAUGGAGAAUCCUCAUCGUCAUCUUCUGUGUGCAAUGCUCCAUGAACUUCAACACGUCGCUGUACUCGAACGGACUCGUUGGAAUGAGUGAGGAGUUCGGCAUUUCCUUGCAGACUGCCAGAACUGGAGCUGGUGUUUUCUUGGUUACAUAUGCGUUUGGUUGUGAGCUAUGGGCUCCCUGGUCGGAGGAGUUUGGACGCCGGUGGAUUAUGCAAAUCUCGUUGUUGCUAGUCAAUCUGUGCUGCAUACCUGUUGCCCUCGCCAACAAUUUCCCUCUUAUCGCUAUUUUCCGCGCCCUUGGUGGUCUCUUUUCUGCCGGUGGCAGCGUCACGCUCGGUAUCGUGGCGGACAUGUACACUGCCGAGACACAGCAAUACGCCGUGGCAUUCGUCGUAUUUUCCUCGGUCGGUGGAUCCAUCUUCGGUCCUAUAGUUGGAGGUUACGUGGAGUCUCAUCUAAACUGGCGCUGGUGUAUGUGGCUCCAGCUAAUUGCUGGCGUAGUUGUUCAAGCUAUGCACUAUUUCCUCGUCGACGAAACCCGUACCACGGUCCUUAUAACCAACCAUGCCAAGGAUCUCCGCAAGGCCGACAACACUCUCAAUGUAUACGGUCCUAUGGAGGUCAAGACUUGGAAGGAGACUCUCGCGCCUAAGGAGUUGGUCGCCCUCUGGAUCCGACCGUUCAAGAUGUUUUUCACCGAGCCCAUCGUCGCGGUGCUUUCGCUGCUCUCCGGUUUCAGCGACGCCCUCAUCUUUAUGGGUUUCCAAUCCUUCGGUCUCGUCUACAAAAUUUGGGGCUUCACCCCCUCACAAGUCGGCCUGACCUUUAUCGCAAUCGGUCUUGGCUAUUUCCUCGCCUACCUCUCCUAUAUCCCCGCCAUCAAGCGCAAUAUGAAUCAGAGACGACAAGACCCCGGCAACGAGUUUGCCAACUACGAGGGACGCAUGUGGUGGUUGAUGUAUACGGCCCCCUGCCUGCCCAUCGGCCUGGUCAUGUUUGCUUGGACGUCCAACGCAAGCCUCCAUUGGAUCCUACCAGUCAUCGCAUCUGGCAUCAUCGGUAUCGCCAACUACUCUGUCUACAUGGGCACCAUAGAUUAUCUUGUUGCUAGUUACGGUGAGUUUGCUGCGUCCGCAACUGGUGGAAACGGCUUCGCUCGCGACUUUCUGGCUGGUAUCCUCACCUGGGCCGCCAUCCCCUUCUAUGAGGCCUUCCAGGAGGGCACUGAUCAAUAUCUCCAGUGGGCCAAUACGGCUCUAGCCUUCAUCAGCCUGCUUCUCGUUGCCGCCACUUUCUGGGUGUACUUCAAGGGACCUUCUUUGCGAGCCAGGUCAUCAUUUGCACAGAGACUGGCAGAUGCUGAAUCUGAAAAGGCUACCAUACCACCACCUAACGGCAGGUUCGAGCCUCUAACGGUGUAA